AUGACAUCAGGGAUCGAUGACAUUCAACCCGCGCCGAUUGCGCCCGGCGAUCACACAGCAUAUCUCCAAUAUGCACUCUCGCUCGCGAAGCAAUCUCCGCCAAAGCCUUCCAACUACAGGGUUGGAGCCUUGCUCGUCAACCCCGCCAGCAACACAGUCGUCUCAACGGGUUACACUUUGGAGCUUCCCGGUAACACGCACGCUGAGCAAUGUUGCUUCAUGAAGCUAGCCGAGAAGCAUGAGGUGGCCGAGGAGGAUCUCAUCUCGGUGAUCAAGACGCCCUUAGUCCUUUACACCACCAUGGAGCCAUGCUCAGUCAGGCUCAGUGGAAACCUGCCUUGCACCAACAGGAUCCUCAAACUGCGAUCUUUCAUCAAGGCUGUUUACGUUGGCGUCCAAGAGCCGGAAAAGUUUGUCAAAGACAACACAGGGCGGGGUGCUCUCGAGAGAGCGGGUGUCGAUUUCGUUCACAUCAAGGGUUUGGAGGGCGAAAUACUGAAGGCCGCUACGGCUGGCCACGUCAAGAACCCGUCAUAG